AUGUCCGAUUAUCAGACUCUGGAGCACGAUUCAGAGUCCGAGAGUUUGCUGCCCGGGCCUACCACGGAAAAUGAAAACGCGCCCUUGCUAGGCUCCUCGAGAAGUGGGCGCAUUCCAGAGCCUCAGAAUUGCUUCCCCGACCUCCUCGAUUACACACAGCUUGUGAAAAAUGUGGAAAUCGCCAUUACUCGGGGACAGCUGCCAGAAAGAAUCAUCCAAGGAAGCUCUGGUAGCUACUUUGUCAAAAACAUCGACGGUGACACUGUUGGCGUUUUCAAGCCGAAAUGCGAGGAGCCCUACGGUCCGCAGAAUCCAAAGUGGGGAAAGUACAUUCAGCGCAUGAUGUGCCCCUGCGCUUUUGGCAGAACUUGUCUUCUCUCAAACCAGGGAUAUCUUUCGGAAACAGGCGCAUCAAUCGUGGACAAGAUGCUCGGCCUAGACAUGGUUCCAGUGACGCGAGUUGUCCAUCUGACCGCUGAGAGCUUCAACUACUCUGCCAUCGACCGGGCAAAAUCCAAAACAAAGACCGCCACUGCAGAGAGAAUACCGAAGCUAGGCAAGAAGUUCAACAGGCUAGGACUCCCACCAAAAACUGGCAGUUUACAGACCUUUGUUUCGGGUUACAAAGACGCCGAAUACUGGCUCAGACGCUGGGACGAUACUAUUUCAGAAACGGCCAAGUCAGAGUUUCAAUUGCAAUUUGAACGUCUUGUUGUCUUGGACUAUCUUAUUCGAAACACAGAUAGAGGUUCUGAAAACUGGUUGAUAAAGUACACACCAGAGUCGGAAUCGGACUCAGGCGAAAGCGUCAACGACGAAUGGUCAGUCGUCAAACCAGCACAAGUGAAAAUUGCGGCCAUUGACAACGGACUGGCCUUUCCGGUCAAGCAUCCGGAUAGUUGGCGCGCUUAUCCCUAUCACUGGGCUUGGCUUUCCCAGGCGCAGAAGCCCUUUUCUGAAGAUACAAUUCAGUUGGUUAUGCACAAGGUCAACAAUCCGGGCUUCAUUGAAGAACUCGUGGAGGAAUUGAAGGAAGUGUUUAAAAUGGACUCUGACUUUUCGGAAAAGAAGUUUGAAAAGCAAAUGUCGGUUCUGCGAGGACAGGCGCUCAAUCUGUCCCAAGCGAUGAGAGAACGGAAAUCGCCAGCCCAACUCGUCCAGAUGACGCCAAUCACGAUCAACAAGUCGCCCGCGACGAGCAUAGGCGGGCGCAUCCGAACCGCAACGCAGCACUUCACUCAAAAGUUCCAACUGACGCGCCCCGUCUUCAGUUGGUGCUAG